AUGAUAAAUCCUUAGAAGGUUGAAAAAUCUAAAAUAGCUCAACCCAACAUACACAUGUUUGCUUCCCCCUCCAUAACACCUUCAAACAACUAUAAAUUUUCUCAAAUACAUGGGAGAAAAGUAGACUCUCCCUAAUUAAGAGUUAUGAAAGAUUAGAUAGAAAGACCUCAACCAUCCACGAACAUUAUGAGUAUGCCCAACUAAAUCAAGAGGGAUGACUUCAUCUCACUCUACAACUACUAGAACUAGAUAAGAGAUCUCAAUCACACCAACAAAGAGAUCUAAAAGAAGCAAUUUGACUUCAAUAUCAAUAAAUAAAAAGCAAAUGUUACGAUUCAAUACGACACUUACGAUUAAGUGCGAUAGCAGCAACAUCAAUUUCAACAGCAAUAGCAUUAGUAGUAGCACUAAUAGCCACUGAAGUUGCUCGAACCAUAGAUUAAAUAGCACAAACCCUCAAAAUCUAUUGGGGUGACUUGUAAGAAUUUUAUGAUGAUAGUGUUUUUAGAGAAAAGAAGACAGUAGUCUCAGUCAAUGCCAAGACAUCAACCCUCAGCUUCUAUUGUAAAUACCCAGGCUUAACCAUUAAUCAACCUGCAUAUUUAAAAUGCGAAACUAGCCAAUUAACUGAGGCCUCAGAUAUACAACAGCAAGAAAAGAACAUAGUAACCUGAUAAUUAUCAAGGAUAAGCGAGACAUCAAGUAAAUUCUGGAUAGCAAUCAGCUCCAUUGAAAUCAAGAUCAAAGUCCAAGAACAGAUAAAAAAGUGUUUAGAAUUACCAUAAUCUAAAUAAUAAAAAUAAGCAAUCCUUAAUUGGAAAUACAGCAAAGGAGAUUCUAAAUCAAAGCAGCAAUUAUAAUCAAAAGAAAAAUCCUAAGAACAACUAGUUCCUCUUCAGCUUCGACAAUAAAGAGAAUGAGAGUAUUAAUUAUAAUGAUUUUUCCCCAAGCAGGAUAGUGGGCAAACCAGAAGCAAGAAUCAACAAUUUUCUAGAUUCUGAUUCUUCUCAAGGUAGUCCUGAAUUAGCUCAUGACUAGUUUAUUGCCUAGAAACUUGAAAAAUCAUAUUUUAUGGAUAAAUCUGCACUAUUAAAGCAUCUUUCUCCCGAUAAAAGUUCUCACCAUAACAAGUCUAGAAUUAAUAAGUCAAGCAUAGUUAAUUACAGUAAUUUCAUGCCAUAAUAAGUAAUGAGUGAUCGGGAUCUAAAGAGCAGUUAAAAUAAUAAUAUCAAUAACUACAAAAGUAAUGGCAGCACUAUAUUUCACAACCAAGGUAUUAAUGAAAGUUCCUUUAAUAAUCAAAUCAACUAAUCGAUACUUUAGUUGAAAAUCAAAAGAUCUGGGACUCUGGGCAGUAGUGGUAACAAUAAGCUGUUCCUCAAAGGAGUUGAUAAGCUAAUUAAAGAAAAUCUUAAGAGGAACAAGACAAAGGAGCAAGAGGAAAUCUCAAAGAGGUACAUGGAGUAGUUCAAGCAAAAACUAAAGAAAGUUGAGUUAACUCAGAGAAACUAGCAAGUUAGGAAAAUUAAUGCCUCUAAGAUUAUGUACAAUCAUCAGCAUAAAAACUCAAUGAUCCAGAACAAAAUCAAUAUUACAAGAAUAGGCUACAAAAAGCAAAGAUCUAGAAGUUGCAUGAACAAGACUGAUAAUAUAUUUGGUUAAGGAGCUGGAAAUGGACCUAGAUCAAGAGAAAGACUCCCUUAGAAUAAGUUUGAAUAGUUUCAACAGCCGCUAGAAAUCAAAAAGGAGAAGAAAAGAGAAAAGAGUUUCGUAUUAGAAUUAAAAGAACUUUAAAAGCAGGUAGAUGGAGAAAUAAGAAGAGAAAUUAUGGAAGGAAAGAUUGAUAUUCAACCCACAUCUGCUAAUAACAAAAAGUCUAAUUUAUCUACCAUUAAUGCGAAAAAAGAAUAGGCUUAACAGAGGACAAGAAAGGAUAUCUUGAAUAUCAGCGCAUUUGAGUAAGCCUUGCAAAAUGCAAAGAGAUCUAAGUAAGACCUUAAUGGAGAUGAAAGCAAUAAGAAUCUUUCUAAGCCGAGGCGUAAGAGUAAAUCCAAGGAAGGAAAUAAGAGCAUCUCUCAAAACAUUAAGAAAUUUAUGGAAAAGAAAAAGAAUGCUCAUCUUUAACUCAAAAGUUUGGAGCAGACCAUUGAGAAUUAAAAGAAUAGUAAAAUUAAGGAAAAUCUAAAGAGCUUGCAUCAGUUUGCAAAGCAGCACUUCAGACAUCAAAGCUACAACUUUUAUCCUAAGAAGAAUAAUGCUGGACUUAUAAACAUGCAUAAUCUUGAGUCAGAUUCUAGUAAAGCUCUACCUUUGAAAAAAUUAAAGCCCUAAUUCUUUAAAACCAAAUAGAAGAAAAAGAGUUCAGAUAAAGUAAGCAAAAAAGUGUUUGAUUUCAAGGGUGAUACCAUAUUCGAUCAUGAUUAGAAAGAUCAUAUCGAUGAUGAUUAAUCAAUUCAUAGAGAUGAAGCAGAUAUUUCUCAAGAGUUUUACGAAGACUACUAGAGAGUUAUUAGAUCCUAGAAAAAUAAGAAAAGAAGAUAAAAUGCAGGUGAUUAAUCAUCAAGCGCUGAACACUCUCCACUAAGAAACAAAUCAUCGUCUAAGAAGUAGAAGAGAAUAAAACAAGUUUAUCAAAGCUAACUAUAAAAUGAGCUGGAGUAAUCUCUGAUCCUGAAUCAGAAGGCUAGAUACAGUCAGAACGACAGUAAUAUUAUUUCCAUUGAUCAGCAAUAAUAUCAAUCUAUGAAAAAUGAUAUUGCUCAGAUGCCAAGCGUGGUUCAGGAAAAAGGAGCAUCAUUGAUUCCUCCUUAGUCAGAUAUUGCUACCCUUGAAAGAAACCAUAUGGAUAGAAGUUAAAAUAGACACUUUGAUAGUAAUGAAAAGAGAAGAUUUACUGAUAAUAGAAGAAGCCAGGAUAGUGGAGUUGUUAAUAGUAAGAGUCCGAAGUUAAGUGAACAAAAAUAAAAAAUGAGACUGCUUAUGAGCAGAUAUGGACAUAAUCUAUCUCAUUCAUAAAUCAAUGCCCCUCAGGCCGAUAAAAAACUUCUUAUCAAACUGCAUUCAGCUGCAAUUACUAUCUAAUAGCAAAUAAGAGAUUACCUAUAAAGAAAGGGCUUUUACUAUUUAGGAUCUUCAAAUUCCCAAUCAAACAUGUAUAUUGACUCAGAAGAGGAUCAAAACAACUAUAAUUACGAUUUGAGUGACUAGAAAUCAAUAUAAAAGCAAUUAGUAGCUUAGACUAGUCCAUUAAGAGUAAAGUCUAAGUAUCAAUAGCAAUAGUACUACUAAAAAGUACCUUAACAUUUCGAAAACCAAUAAAAGCAGAAUAAAUUCUACUCAGCUGACUCUAGUGAUGUUGAGAAAGUUAUUGUCUGUUCCGUAAUCACAACUGGAAGAGCUGAUAACGAUGAAAGUUUGUAAAACACCCAAAAAUACAUACCUCUCAGAUAAAAGAGUGUUGCUCCCAUUCCUUAAUAGAAGUCCUAACCUCAAGUAAAACCCUAACUAUAAUUUAUUGCUUAGACUUAGCCCUAGUUGCACUAAUAGCAAUUUCAACAAAAUUAAUUCGAAAGACCUUAGCCUUAGGUCCCUAAUAAAAUAUCAUCUGCUUCCUCUUCAGCUUAAAGUGGUUUCAACACAGUCAUUAAGACUCAUCAAAUUCCACUUUAACAGAGACUUUAGAGUGAGAGCUUGCAUGAAUCACUAGACAUCUCUUAAUAAUCCUCCUCUAGCUAAAGAAAGAAGAUAGUUCCAUCUCUUGACUUUGGCAAAUUGAAGCCUAAAGAAGAGUCAAAAGAGCAAGUUGCUCCAAUUAUACAUAAGCAAGAAGAAGAAUAUAAAACAGAACAACCAGGAAGUAAUACUGCAAGAUCGAUGUUUGAAAGGCAUUCUUUCUAGGACUUUUCACAAAAGGUUCAUAGCGGAGAGCCGUUUAACGUAAAUAAUUAUCCUGAAAUGCUCAAAAUGAGAGAAGAAGCCAUCAAGUACAAGGAGAUUGAAGAGUAGAAGAUACUUUAGAAGAUGGUUAAGACUAAAUAAAUGUCACCUAGAACAUAUGAUAUAAAGAGAAAAGAGCUCGAAUCAUGGGUGAGUAAGGAAAAAGAAGAAGUUAAAAAGACCAAGAGGGUUUUCGAGGAAUAGUGGUAAAAAACUACCUAGAUAAUAGAAUAAACAAAAAAGAAUCAUGACUUGAUGAAAAAAAUGUUUAACGACAAUCCGAGUACUUAAUCAAAUGCACACAAUCAUCAUAUUAAUCAAAUCUAUAAAACAAACGAUAGUAUUCCUUCAGAGCACACUAUGUAAAAUAUCUAAUAGUCUCAUAGACAAAGUUCCCGCAGAGAUACUACUCAUCUAUUAGACAUGAUCGAUGAUUACCCCAAGCAAGAUUCUACCAUGAAACAAAAAGAAGAUUUACAAAUGGAAUUACUCAAGAAGUAAUAUCAGGCUGAAUAAUAAAAAAAGGAGUAAGAACGACAGCGAUAACUUGAUGAGGAAAGGAUUAAGAAAGAAUAGGAACGAAAGAAGGAUAUGGAUAUGCUGAAGGAGCUAGAAAGGUAAAGAGAGGAAGAAAGAUAAAAGCAAUUGAUUGAACAGGAAAGGAAGAUCAAAGAAGAAAAUGAGAGAUAAAAAAAGGAAGCAGAGAGGAAAAGACUUAUAGAGUUUGAAAAAGAAAAGGAAAGAUUAAAGUUAGAGGAGGCUGAAAGAUAAAGAAAACUUUUAGAGGAAAAAAAAUAAAAAGAACUGUAAGAGAAGCUAUUAGAGGAAAAAAGAUAAAAAGAAUUACAAGAGUAAUAAAGAAAGGAAAGAGAAGAGUAAUAGAGAUUGAGAGAUCUAGAAAUUUAAAGAAAAUAGGAGGAGGAAAAAAAAUAAAGAGAAGCGCUAGCUUAAAAGAAAUUGGAGGAAGAGCUAAAAAAGAAAUAGGAUGAUGAUGAAAGAAUGAAAAGAGAAUAAGAGGAAUAAAAACGCAAAGCUGAUUAAGAAGAAGCACUCCGCAUUCAAAAAUAAAAAGAAUUAGAUGCUUAGAAGAAAAAAGAACUAGAAGAAUAGCAACGUAAAAUAGAAGAGCAGGCCAGACUUAAAAAGGAAAAAGAGGAAUAAGAAAAGUAAAGGCAGCUAGAGUUCAUGAGAGAACUUGAGGAGAUUGAAAAGGCCAAGAAAGCUUAGGCUGAAAAAGAUAAAAAACUGAAGGAAGAGAGAGACAGAGAGAUUGAAAGAGAAAAACUGGAAAGAUAACGAUAAGAAAGUGAAGAGAAUGAAAGAAUGAUGUAGGAAUUUAAUGAGGAAAGUGAUAGAUAUGCAGACUCUUCUGAUAAAGAUGAUGCAUUCCAAAGAAAUUUCAACGACAGCUCUGAUAAUGAAAUGUUUAUGAACUAAAGGGAAAAUAAUCUUCUAGAUGACAUUCUACAUGAGCCUAAAAGAGGAAAGGAGGUACUAGAAUCUUAGGAGGAUGAAAAAAUAUAAAACGAAACUAACCUUCAUGACAUUUCUCGCCAUCAUCAUCAUAGAAAUACCGAUGAGCUUCCUAGAGAUGAAGAACCAAGAGGUCUGUCAAGGACGAGAAGUUCAUAGUAUUUGAACGAGAAUAAAUUUGAAGAUGAUAUGAAUGAUAUGCUCUAAGUAUCGAGAGAUAAUUUACAGGAACUAGAAUAGAGCGAAACUAGGGUAUAAGACCAAACAAAUCUCAAUGAUGAAAGCAUGGAUGAAGAGCUUUUAGCAGAAUAAUUGCUCAGGAAUUAAGAAUAAAAGAACCAAGCUCUAGGCAACUUAGUCCUGAAUGACUCAUUUUUUUCCAAAAACUUUGAUGAUUAAAGACCUGAGGAUCUGAUAAAUCUUUUCCAUAAGUAAUUAGAUGAUGGCACCCUUGAUCAAACUAAUGAAAUAAGCAAGACACUCAUAAAUACAUCAGCCGAGAAAAUCUUCGUCUAAGAUGGUGGUGAAGAGACCAAAGAUGAAAGUGGUGUUAUUGAGCCUAAGUUUAAGUUUGACGAUAAAAAGAAUCAAAGGCUUUCUCAAGAGAUGAGAAAUUAAAUACCAGUAGAAGAAGAGGAGCACAUUAAUCCAGGUAUGCCAGUAUCGCCUGUAUCACAAGAUGGCAAUGACAUUAGAAUCUAGACUGGGGCUUAAUCCCUUGAAAGUACUCUGUCUGAUGGAAAUGAAUUUAGAAACGCUAUUUAAGAGGCUUAAAAAUAAGACGCUUAAGUGUCAGCUAGUGAUUUUGAUCAAAAUGUAGAAAGGAUAACUGAUGACAUUUUCAGGUAGCUUUUAGCUGAGAUGAAAGUAGAACUAGAUUUGCUGCUUCUUACAGAUCCCAGAAGAAUGCUCAGAGAGGAAGCGAAUUCCAAUUAAUUCUUAAGUGAAAGUGGAAGGUUCCUAAUAUUUGAGAGAAGGGGAAUAAAAACAGAUCUAUUUGCAAUUGAGCACUAUGUUGAAGAAGUUUUGGAGGAAAUUUUAAAGGAUAGAGAAAGAUUCAAUCAGAGCAUUUCCUAACCGAUAUCCAAGAAUGCUAAUGAAGUAUUGAAUCAGCUCCAAAACUCAGAGAUCGGCAGCUAUGAACACUUCGAUGUCAAUUACCCUUAGGUUUUGCCACUUGACUUAUACCUGAAAUUAGAAAAGCGAAGAAAAGAAAAUAGGGAAAUUUAAAAUCCAUAAGAAAACAACCAAUCAAAUGGAGAUAGAAACAACUAAGACCGUAAUUUCUUGGCUGAGUGUGAACACAUUCACAAUAAAGUCCUCUUUGACUGUAUCAACGAUUCUUUACUCUAAUUCAAACCUUAUGGAAGAGAGGGUAUGCCAUUACCGUGGAGUAGACAAAACAGAAGACUAAAACCAAUAGAGGAGUUCACUACCGAGGAAAUGUUUGAGAUAGUUAAACAUGAUCUUUUCCGUUGGGCAAUUAUGCAAGCUGGCACCCUACCUCGAAGAGACUUUGUUUUUAACAAUCUCUUCGAUGAUGAGUUAUUCGCUGAGAUUAGAGAGAAAAAGCUAGCUACUCUUCUAGCCAGAGAAAUGAUUGAAAAUGAGCCGAAGUGGCUGAAUUAUGAAUUUGAAGAGGCUCAAGUUAAAAUAGACAUUGGUGACAUGAUUCUAGAACAGCUAGUCACUGAAACCAUCACUAUACUCAGGUAAAACCAAGGACUGGCAGAAUGA